AGAACGACCUGAGCAGUGAGCACUGCCGGUAGAAUCUAUCGCCUGCAGCCAAUCAGCCAUCAACUACACUGACGAGGACGACUAAAACUGCUCCUCCUCGACGGUCUCACUCCCCAAUUUCUCCAAAAGAAUCGAAUGCAAAUCUCUCUGUCUCUCUUAACCAAUAGGGAGCUCUGCAUCCCCAAUUUGAGCUCUGCGACAUCGUCCUAGACGAGCUGUGCAAAAAUCCUAACCAAGCUUGUCUGCUUCCAUCCUGGCCAAUAUAUGCGAGGAGGAGCGCGGUAGCAGCCCCAGCAUGGCCUGCGAGGUGCUGAGGUAGAAGGAGCCGGGUGAACAGCACGUACGUGAGAUAAUUUAAUAAUCAAGUAGCUGCAAGGGAGAGCGAGCAAGACGACCCGCCGUGCUCGAUCUUGUUCCGGGCGGGCGGCGCGGCGAGAGGAGAGGAGAGGAUCAUCGUAUCGACCGACCGGCGGCGGGAUGGACGGCGGCGAGGCGGUGGCGGCGCCGCUGCUGGGGACGAAUUCGAAGCGGAGGAGCCGCGAGGGGUGCCCCGGGUGCCGGCUGGAGGAGGCGAACAAGAUGAGCACCGGCAUCCCCUACCGCAACUUCUUCUACAUCUGGAUCGUCUGCCUCACCUCCACUCUGCCGAUCCUGUCAUCGUUCCCUUAUCUAUACUUCAUGAUCAGAGACCUGAAAAUCGCAAAGCAAGAGCAGGAUAUCGGGUUCUAUGCUGGUUUUAUUGGGGCAACUUAUUUCCUUGCCAGGACCUUCACUUCUGUUCCAUGGGGCAUAUUUGCAGACAAGUAUGGAAGGAAGCCCUGCAUUGUGAUCAGCAUUCUCUCAGUGAUUGUUUUCAACACACUCUUUGGCCUUAGCACAAGUUACUGGAUGGCAAUUGUGACUAGGGGGUUGCUUGGGUUGCUCUGUGGUAUACUGGGGCCAAUCAAGGCCUACGCUACGGAAGUCUGCAGAAAAGAGCACCAAGCUCUAGGAAUAUCUCUUGUUACUUCAUCGCGAGCAAUAGCUCUUGUUAUGGGACCAGCUAUUGGAGGGUUUCUUGCACAGCCUGCAGAGAAGUACCCAAACCUUUUCUCAAAGGAGUCCAUAUUUGGGAGGUUUCCAUACUUCCUUCCAAGCUUUUUCAUAUCGAUGCUAGCAGCUGGAUCCUGUAUUGCAUGCAUAUGGCUUCCGGAAACACUGCACUUCCAUGAUGAUGAAAAAGUAGAAGCUAUUGAUGCGCUGGAGGCACAAGUUGCUGACUCAAACUUAGAAGGUGGAAAAGCUAAAGAGGCUAGUGACACAUCUACAAAGAACCUGCUAAAGAACUGGCAACUGAUGUCAGCAAUAAUCAUCUACUGUAUCUUUUGUCUCCAUGACACAGCUUACCUUGAGACAUUUUCGCUCUGGGCAGUUAGCAGCAGAAAAUUCCGGGGCCUGAAUUUGACCUCACAGGAUGUCGGUACUGUGCUGGCCGUCUCAGGUGUUGGUGUUCUUGUAUAUCAACUUGCCCUUUAUCCUUUCAUUGUCAAGUAUUUCGGAUCAAUCAGGCCAUUACGUCCCGUGGCGGUCUUGUCUAUACUUCUCCUCGCAACAUACCCCUUCAUGGCCAACCUACAAGAGACGGAGCUCAAAAUACUAAUCAGCAUUGCUUCGCUUUUGAAGAAUGUGUUCUCUGCUACCAUUACUACUGCAUGCAACAUUCUGCAAAACAACGCAGUGACACAAGAACAAAGAGGCGUCGCGAAUGGCAUCUCUGUGACUAUCAUGUCAUUGUUCAAAGGUGUGGCUCCAGCGGCAGCAGGAAUUUUGUUUUCGUGGGCUCAGAAGCACAUGACUGGACUGUUCUUACCAGGUGAUCAGAUCCUGUUCCUGAUGAUAAACAUGGUGUCGAUAAUCGGGCUACUUCUGACAUUCAAGCCGUUUUUCAACAUGUCGAGUGCGUUGAGGCGUUCAUAGCAAUGUACACGUGGUUCAUCACUUGUGGGUUAAAUCAGAGGCACUUGUCAGAUUUCAGGCCUCGGUUUAGAACUGCGAGUGUACUAGCCUACACUUUUUCGCUUAUGAGCCUUGCGGGGCUCUGUCAUAACUAGUGCAGAUAGCUUCACCAGCUCUUAAGUCAUAACUUGUGGGUUAAAGCAUAAUGUUGUUUAAAAUCAAGUGAAACUGCAAACAACUCUGUAUAAGUUACUUCUUUUUAGAUAAUGUAACACUAAACAUUCCAAGUACGCUUAAUAACACUGGUAGGAUGGAGUAAUAAGAAAAAUUGCUGGAUUAGCGAUAGAUACA